GUGAUCAUGGUGACCGGGGACCACCCCAUCACGGCCAAGGCCAUCGCGGCCGCUGUGGGCAUCAUCUCCGAGGGCAGCGAGACCCCCGAGGAGGUGGCGGCGAGGCUGAGGGUGCCCUUGGAGCACGUGGACCCCAGGCAAGCCCGGGCUCGGGUGGUGACGGGGGCCGAGCUGGCGGCCAUGACACCGGAAGCCCUCGAGGGUCUCCUCCGGACCCACCCCGAGAUGGUUUUUGCCCGCACGUCCCCACAGCAGAAGCUGGUGAUAGUGGAGAGCUGCCAGAGGCUGGGCGCCAUCGUGGCGGUGACGGGCGACGGCGUCAACGAUUCGCCGGCGUUGAAGAAGGCCGACAUCGGCGUGGCCAUGGGCAUCGCCGGCUCCGACGCCGCCAAGAACGCCGCCGACAUGAUCCUAUUGGACGACAACUUCGCCUCCAUCGUCACCGGCGUCGAGCAGGGCCGCCUGAUCUUCGACAACCUCAAGAAGUCCAUUGCCUACACCUUGACCAAGAACAUCCCCGAGCUGACCCCUUACCUCAUCUACAUCACGGCCAGCGUCCCCCUGCCCCUCGGCUGCAUCACCAUCCUCUUCAUCGAGCUCUGCACCGACAUCUUCCCCUCCGUGUCCUUGGCCUAUGAGAGGGCCGAGAGCGACAUCAUGCACCUGAGGCCCCGCAACCCCCGGCGCGACCGAUUGGUCAACGAGCCCCUGGCCGCCUACUCCUACUUCCAGAUAGGCGCCAUCCAAUCCUUGGCGGGUUUCACGGAUUACUUCGUGGCCAUGGCGCAGGAGGGGUGGGCGCCGCUGCUCUGCCUCGGCCUCCGCCCGCGCUGGGAGGAUCCCCGCGACCAGGAGCUGCAGGACAGCUACGGCCAGCAAUGGACGUUCGAGCAGCGCCGGUACCAGCAGUACACGUGCUACACCGUGUUCUUCAUCAGCAUCGAGAUGUGUCAGAUCGCCGACGUGCUCAUCCGCAAGACCCGCCGCCUCUCGCUCUUCCAACAGGGGCUCUUCCGGAACCGCAUCCUGGUGCUGGCCAUCGUGUUCCAGGUUUCCAUUGGCUGCUUCCUGUGCUACUGCCCCGGGAUGCCCAACGUCUUCAACUUCAUGCCCAUCCGGUGA